AUGUGUAAAAAUACAUUGUUUUUAUCUUCAUGGAUUUGCACGAUUAAAGAUGAUAGUAUAACGCUAGAUUCAAACACAACAAAUGAAAACUUCAAAUCUGGACAAAAUUUAAACAAAUUAGUCGAUAGUUUAGACGUGAAUAUUAAUCCAAAGUUUUCCGAUAUCAUUAUGAACCUGAAGAAAGUUACAGGUGAUAAUGGUGAUGUACAGUACUCAGAUAUCAAUGAUAAAAUAGACACCCCACCUCCAUGUUUGGUUAGGCCUUCAUCGAAUUCAGUCAACACAGCACGCCAGAUAAGUAAUUCUAAUGAUGAAAUAGAGUUAAUAACCUCAACUUUGCAUGAUGACGAUCAACGUAAUUCCGCAGCGACUACUAUUCAGAAAUUUUGGAGACGUCACAGAAAAAGAUAUUUAACAGCUGAAACUACAAUGUAUCGUCUGCUUGACGAUCAGAAACGCAGAUUAAGUAAACAGAACAUAAAUAAUGGACAAACGAUUCUUCCAUUAAAAAAUCGUCAAAAUGUGUUGAAACAGAAAAAGAAACAGCAACAUCAAAACGCUACUAAAGAAAUGGAGCCAACUCGAGGCAAUGAGACUGAACAAAUCUUUAGGGAGAACAGUAACCACUAUCUGACUGAGUGUUGCAAUCUACAGAAAGAUGGGGAUAACAGGACAUUUAGCCAACAAACUAAUGCAUCUGAAGAAGAAAACAUAUCAACUGUAGACAACAUACUUCAGGAAUUAAAGCAGUUAGAAAGUAUGGAAUACUUAACCAACGAUCCAGGUAUCAACAUUAAUGUUCGAAACCAAGUCUCCCUGCAGAAGUAUGCCGCUCCAAAUACAUGGUCUGAAAUGGUCAAAGAUAUUAAUCGUGUCCUGUCUGAGGCUGAACAAGAUGAAAUUCAUUCAGAUAACUCCAGAAAAUACAGUAGUGUUCAAAAGUUUACAAACUUACAAAAUGCUCGCAAUCGGCACGAUUCUACAUUGUCCAAUUAUUCUUUACUUGCUCAAUCAAGUUCAUUAGGUCCAUCGACAGUAAUUACAAACAGAAGUGAAGAGAAUUUACAUUCACAUACCAAGCUUGUGGAGCAGGCCUGUUCUCGGCAAAAGGCUCAAAAAGAACUGCAUCAGUCUAUAUCUAAAUGCCGAGAAAAAUUGACGACUUUCAUCCAGUCAAACCACAAUAAGGUAUGCCAUAUGCUUCCGAAAUCAAAUGACAGUAAUGGUACUGUUCAUCAAAACGCAAAGUAUUCUAAGUGCCAAAACUCUGCUACAUUACAAAAACCUUCUGUAAAAAAUCAAACAACCUCUAGAUCUUUACAAUCUGACCUCUUUAAGAGCCCUGUGAAUCUGUCAAGUAAUUAUUUGCUGCAUACAAAUUCUAUGGAACCAAAAUCUGAAAAUAAAUCAUCUUACAAAAAUUAUAUGGUAUAUAAUACACAAAGUCUACAUAAUAGCGUACCACUGCUGGAUGGGAUAAAGCGGACGCCUCAAAGCGAUGAUGGACAAAUUACUACUUCCGACCAAACUUUAAUGUUGGAACUUGAAGAUAAAGAAGUUCAAAUAAAACGCUUACAGCGAAUUAUAGAGCAUCAAAGAGAAUUAUAUUUCAGGCAGUUGCAAGACACACAGCGAGAUGGUGACCAAAGAAUAGAACUACUUAAAUCUGAAUAUGAAUGUACAAUUAAUAGAAAUUACAAAUUAAUUGAUGAAUUAAUUGAAGAGAAAAAAGUACUUCAUAUGAAAUGUGAAGAACUUUUAGAAGAACAUAAAACAAUUACAAAGAAAACGGAGGAAAAAAUUAAAGCACUUGAAGAAAGACACAAAGUUGAGAUGAGAAAAGUAGAGGCCAAACAUGCAGCCGCGGAAAAGCUACGCCGAGAAAAGUGGGAGGCAGAAAAAGCAAAACAUUUUAAAGAAGCUACUAUUCGUGGAAUGGAAAAUGAGGUAGCCCAACUGAUCGCAAAUCAUAAAGCUGAAAUAGCAAAUUUGCGUCAGUCAUGCGCUGAACAAAUUCAAGCAGCUGAUGUACGCGCUUAUCAAACUUAUACGAACCAUAUUGAAGAACUCAGACAGACACUGAUAAAAGAAAAAGAUGAAGCCUGUUCUAGAGAAAGAGUGCUUGUUGAACAACGACUGAACCAAACUUUAACAGAGGAACGCAAUUCUUUAGAAGCUCAUCGACGAAGAUUGUUAAAUGAGAUUUCUGAUGAACGUGAAAGAUUGGCAUUGACCGCAUCGAAACAAAGGGCCGAGAUGGAUACUCUUAGAAGCAACUUAGAAGUUACCUUAACACAAGUCAACGAGCAACAUAAAAUGGAAAUCCAACAGUUAAGAGAGGCUCUGAGUCAAAGACAUAAGGAUGAAAUAGAUGAGUUGAACCAACGUAAUCUAGCUGAACGUACAACAUGGGAAGAGCAUACUAAGUCAUUAUUGGAAUCCCAGUACACUGCUAGAGAGACUAUACUGAAGGAGCAACUCAAGAAAGAACGAGAUCGCUUGAUAGAAUCUGCAAUACAUCGCCUUGAAGCCGAAGCGAAUGAAGCAAGAUUAGAAACUGAUCGUCAGGCAGAACUGAAGGUGAAACGUGUACGUGAAAAAUUCCAAGCUGAAAUCGAAGAACUUGAAAGAUCAGAAAGACAAGCAAUGGAAAAAUAUUGUCAAAUGAAGACCCAAUAUUUAGAUAAAGAGCAUGAAGCAGAUAGACUUCGGUCACAGUUGACGCAGAAAGAGCAGGAGUUGGCUGAAGUUCGCCUAUUAUAUGAAAAACUUAAUCAUGAACGUCAAAAUAUUUCAGAUGUAAUACGCCAGGAAUUCGCUGACCGCCUUGUUUUCGUGGAAGAAGAGAAUAGGUCGAUGAAGCGUGAGGUAGCUGAAUUCAAGGCUCGGAUAAAAGCUGAACAAGAGAGACAUGAAAAAGAGAUUGAUGCUAUAAAGAAGUUGAACAACUCAGAAAUAGAAGCAGUUCAUCAAAAAGUUAAAGAAGUCAUUAAAAAGAAAGACGAAAAAUUCUGCGUAUUUCGAGAAACUUUUCAAAAUGAACUUGAGAAGAAGGAUCGUGAACUGGACGCUGCCAAUCAGAGAGCUCAACAUCUGGAAGAAUUGAUAGAUCAUCAAAGAAAGCAAUUUCUACAAGCGAACCACUGA